AUGGAUCAGGUUACUUUUCGAGUCAACGGGUGCUACUACUCGGUUGGUUCCGAUGUCAGUUCAACCACUACUUUGCUGGAGUACCUACGUCAAACUCUGAAUCUCCGCGGGACUAAGUAUAUGUGCCUGGAAGGUGGCUGUGGCGCCUGCAUCGUCAGCGCUGCGAAGUGUCCCGGGGAUGCCCCCCAAGGAGUAAACUCUUGCAUGGUGUCGAUAACGUCAUGCCAAGACUGGGAAAUCGAAACGAUCGAAAAAAUUGGGAAUCGUUUGGAUGGAUACCAUCCGCUGCAGACCACCCUCGCCGAGACGAAUGGAUCCCAGUGUGGUUAUUGCUCCCCUGGAAUGAUCAUGAAUAUGUACAGUUUGAUGAAAUCAAGAAAGCUAACAAUGCUAGAAACAGAACAGUCCUUAGCGAGCAACGUGUGCAGAUGUACAGGGUACAGACCAAUCUUAGAUGCCUUCAAGAAGUUCGCUUCAGAUGCUCCCAACUCUUUAGAUAUACUGGAUAUAGAAGAUUUAAAAAUAUGCAAGAAGUCGGGAGAAGCCUGUUCCGAAAGCAGCUGUGAUGAUGUUGACUGGUGUCUGGUAUCACGUAAUGAAGUUAUUAGUGAAACAGUGCAUAUAAGAUUAUGUGAUGAUAGAGACUGGUAUCGAGUUUACACGCUGUACGAAGUUUUUGUUAUAUGGCAACGAUGGGAAGCACAGUCGUAUAUGCUUGUUGCUGGUAACACUGGGAAAGGUGUAUAUCCAAUAUUGGAGUAUCCAAAAGUGCUUAUAGACAUCAGCCGUGUAACAGAAUUAAAAUGCAAUUAUAUAGAUCAAAAUUUAGUUAUCGGUGCUGGCGUAACUCUUACUGAACUCACAAAUAUAUUUACAAAUGUGGCUAAUGCUGAAAAUUUUAGCUAUCUCAAAGUGAUUAAUGAUCAUUUAAGUCUUGUUGCACAUGUUACAAUCAGAAACGUAAUUGGUUCCGAGGAGAGAUCCUCCACAACUCUCCUGGACUAUCUCCGUCGUCACCUGGAGCUCCGCGGCACCAAAUACAAAUGUUUAGAAGCAGGUUGCGGCUCCUGCAUCGUCAGUGCCGUCAAGUGCCAUGGAGAAAAACCUCAAGGCAUAAAUUCGUGCAUGGUCUCAAUAACAUCAUGCAAGGACUGGGAGAUCACGACCAUAGAGAAGGUGGGGAACCGACUGGACGGGUACCACCCGCUGCAGACCACGCUGGCGGCGAAAGGCGGCUCUCAGUGUGGCUACUGCUCGCCGGGCAUGAUCAUGAAUAUAUACAGUUAUUUGAAAGAAAAACCACGCACAAUGCGAGAAAUAGAGCAUGCGCUGGGAAGCAACUUAUGCAGAUGUACAGGAUACCGACCUAUAUUAGAGGCGUUCAAGACAUUCGCCUCAGACGCUCCCAAGCCGACUGACAUAUUGGAUAUCGAAGAUUUGAAAAUAUGUAAGAAAUCUGGGGAGUUAUGUACAGGACUCAAAUGUGAACAUUCCGAUUGGUGUAUCGUUCCCAAAAAAGAAGUACUGUAUAUAAAACUCAGCGACGAUAGAGACUGGUACAGAGUAAAUACCCUUAUCGAUGUAUUUAAUCUAUGGCAGGAAAAAGGCACGGGAUCUUAUAUGCUAGUUAACGGAAACACAGGAAAAGGAGUAUAUCCAAUAUUGGAGUAUCCCAAGCUAUUAAUAGAUAUCAGCAGCGUAUUAGAGCUUCAAGGUUAUUAUAUAGACCAAAACCUAGUUCUUGGAGGAGGAACCACAUUAGUUGAAGUGCUACACAUAUUUAAAAAAUUAUCAAAAAACGAAGGUUUCAGGUAUCUUGACGUAUUGCAUGAUCAUAUAGAGAAAGUUGCUCAUGUAACUGUCAGAAACGUAAUUGGUCCUGAGGUGUGUUCCACUACAUCUUUGCUGGAGUACCUCCGAAGGCAUGUCGAGCUGCGUGGCACUAAGUACAUGUGCUUGGAAGGCGGCUGUGGAGCGUGCAUUGUGAGUGCCAUCAAGGGCCCUGGCCAACUCCAUCAGGCCGUAAAUUCUUGUUUGGUAUCAAUUACCUCGUGUCAAGGUUGGGAUAUCACAACUAUAGAAAAAGUUGGAAAUCGGCUGAAGGGCUAUCAUCCUCUACAAACGACUCUCGCAAACUAUAAUGGCACUCAAUGUGGCUAUUGUACACCAGGAUGGGUGAUGUCUAUGUAUUCCCUUUUAAAAAGUGAAUGUAACCUACCAAUGCUAGAAGUAGAGAGAUCGCUCUCGAGCAACCUUUGCAGAUGUACUGGAUACAGACCGAUUUUAGAGGCAUUUAAAAAGUUUUCCUGUGAUGCUUCUGAAAAAAUUGAAAUAAGUGAUAUUGAAGAUUUGUGCGAUAAAACCAAGAAUGUUUGUUCAAGAAGACAAUGCAAAGAUUACGACUGGUGUUUCGUAUCUAAUGAAGAUUUGGAGUAUAAUAUUUUUUACAUUGAAUUAAAAGAUGGAAGACAAUGGUUUAAAGUGACAUCGGUGGCAGAUAUACUUAAAGUGUUGCGUACUAAAGGGAUUGACUCGUAUAUGCUUGUUGCAGGAAAUACUGGAAAAGGAGCAUACCCAAUUAUUGAAUACCCACGUAUACUUAUCGACAUCAGUGGUGUAUCUGAAAUAAAAGGUUACAUAUUCGAUCAGAAUUUGAUUAUUGGAGCUGGAACAACUUUGUCAGAGUUUAUUGAAAUAUUGAAAGAGUCAACUAAUAAAGACUUCUUUGAGUAUCUUAAAAUUCUAAACGAACACCUUCAGUUAGUAGCGCACGUAGCAGUAAGAAACCUAGGAACAAUAGCCGGGAAUCUUAUGUUAAAACAUCAUCAUCGCGAGUUCACAUCUGACAUAUUCCUUCUUCUUGAAUCAAUAGGAGCUCAGUUAACAAUAAUUUCAUUAGAUGGCGUCAAAAAAAUUGUCGCGAUGCAAAGUUUUCUUGUUGAAGAUAUGAGAGGGAAAGUGAUAUUGAAUGUGAUAAUGCCACCAUUCAAUAAAGAAAAUAAAUUGGUCACGUAUAAGGUAGCAGCACGAUCAAGAAACGCUCACGCAAUCGUCAACGCUGCUUUUUUCUAUAAAAUUAACGACGAUAACCGAGUAUCAGACUGCAGGAUUGUUUACGGUGGUUUAUCACCGAAUUUCAACAGAGCAAUGCAGACGGAGAAAUAUUUGAUUGGGAAAGUUCUUUUUGACAAUGCGACUUUGCAAGGAGCUUUAAAAGUGCUAUCGAAUGAACUUAUAGUCAUAGAAUUACCACCUGAACCUUCUAUAAAAUAUAGAACAAAAUUAGCUCUUGGAUUAUUUUACAAGGGUCUCCUAUCAUUAUGCCCGGAAAAUAUAUUGAAUUCGCGAUUCAGAUCUGGUGCUAUAAAGUUACCUGAAACUCGUCCACUGUCGAGAGCCUCUCAAUCUUUUACAACUGAUCCUAGUGUCUGGCCAGUCAAUCAGCCCCUACCCAAAGCGGAAGCAUUGUUGCAAUGUGCAGGAGAAGCGAAAUACGCCGAAGAUAUACCAAAAUUACCUAACGAAGUAUUUGCUGCAUUUGUACUUAGCACCGUGGCAUUAGGAACUAUUGCGAGCAUAGAUGCCACAGAAGCGUUACGUCAAGAGGGAGUCCUAGCAUUUUAUACGGCAAAAGAUAUACCUGGCUUGAACUCUUUUACAUCGCCCGAUGUUACUGAUUUAACGGCAAAAGAAGAGAUACUUUGCAGCGGAGAAGUGCGAUACUACAAUCAACCGAUAGGAAUUAUUGUUGCUGAUACAGAUUAUUUAGCAAACAGAGCUACACUGAUGGUGAAAGUAACUUAUACCAAUGUUAGAAAGCCAGAAAUUGAUAUAAGGGUGAAUAAAAGUAAUCCUCAAAAGGUUAAAUUAUAUUCAUCUAUAGCAGCUACUAGUAGAGGAAAUGAUACUGUUAAAAUUAUUAAAGGCAGUCGCACAAUAAAUGGGCAAUAUCAUUUUUGCUUUGAGACUAUGAUGUGUGUGUCUCUGCCCACUGAAGAUGGUUUAAAAAUGUAUCCGACUUCUCAAUAUAUAGAUGUUAAUAUGGUAUUAACUGCUCGUUCUUUAAACAUUGAAGAAAGCAGGGUAGAUGUCGAAGUUCGUCGGCUUGGUGGUAGCUUUGGCGCUAAGAUUUCCAGACAGAACAUGGUAUCGACAGCUUGUACUCUCGUAACAUACAAAUUAAAUCGACCAUGCAGAUUUAUUUUACCUCUAAGAAGUCAAACCCGGGCAUUGGGCAAGAGGCUGCCUUCAUCAACGAAUUAUGAGAUUGGCGUCAACAAAAAUGGAGUUGUUCAGUAUCUCAAUUGUGAUAUUUAUGAUGAUAACGGUUACAUAGUUGACGAGCCUCUCAUACAAAAAACCGUUGAGCAAUAUUUUAAUUGCUACAAUAAAGAAAUGUGGAAUUUCAGAUGUUUUGACGUAAUUACAGAUACUCACUCAAACUCCUGGUUUCGUUCACCAGGGUCAUUAGAGGCAAUUAAUGGUGCCGAAGAAAUGAUGGAACGAAUCUCUUAUGAGCUUGGAAUAGAUCCCUUGCGAGUGCGUAUGAAUAACUUGGAUAGAUCACGUUAUAGUGAUCUUGACGAAAUGGUUAACACUCUUAUAAAAGAUUCUAAUUAUGCUGAAAGAAGAAUGGGGGUAAAUAAAUUUAACGUUGAAAACCGAUGGAAGAAACGUGGUUUGAGGUUUACGAUUAUGAAAUGGUCGGUAUCUGUUCCUUUUUUCCUAAAUGUUACAAUAUCGAUUUUUCAUGGAGAUGGAUCCGUUGCUAUAAACCAUGGUGGUAUUGAAUUAGGACAAGGAAUUAAUACUAAAGCUAUCCAAGUAUGCGCUUACUUUCUAAAUAUACCUCUGAACAAAAUCCAUGUUAAACCAACUACAUCAAUGUUAAAUCCCAAUAACUCACGAACAGCUACCAGUCUGACUUCACAGAAUGUUCAAAUAGGUGUUCAAAGGUGUUGCGAAGAAUUGUUAAAAAGACUUAAACCAAUAAGAGAUAACAUGAAUAAUCCAACGUGGGAGCAACUUAUUGCUAAGGCUUUUGAAGACGGGAUAAAUUUACAAGCUAAUGCUUAUAUAGGCAGUAAUGAUAAAAAUGAUUUUAAUGUUUAUGGCGUAACUUUGGCUGAGGUUGAAGUGGAUACAUUGACAGGACAGUUCCAAAUAUUACGAGUUGAUUUAUUGGAAGACGUAGGUCGUAGUAUUAACCCUGUACUCGAUAUUGGACAAGUAGAAGGUGCCUUCAUAAUGGGUGUUGGAUAUUUUACUAGUGAAGAGCUUGUAUAUGACCAUAACACUGGAGAAUUACUAACAGAUCGAACUUGGAAUUAUUUCGUACCGGGAGGAACAGAUAUACCGCAAGACUUUAGAAUUUAUUUUAGGAAAAAUUCAUACACCAAUGAUGCCAUUUUAGGAUCAAAAGUGACAUCUGAACCAGCAAUAUGUAUGGGUGUGGUAAUUCCACUUGCUUUAAGAGAAGCCAUUUCAUCUUCGAGGUUGGAAUCUGGGAUUCCUUCUAACAUUUGGUUUAACAUAGAUGGACCUUAUACCGUUGAAAAGAUCUGCUUGGCAUGUGAAACCAAAUUGGAGGACUUCAAGUUCUACUUAUAACUAGUAUUAAAAUUUUAUAACACUCAAUGAUAGGUUUAUGUUUCAUCAAAAUAGAAGUAAAAUUUAAACGUUAAGGGACAUGGUUUUUUAAAUUAUUAUGGUUGCCAUUACCAUUGGAUGGGUGUAGGCCGUAGUCUACCUCGCUGGCCAAUUACGUUUUAAUACUUCGCACGCCUUUGAGAACAUUAUGGAGAACUCACAGGUGUGCAGGUUGUCUCAUUAUGUUUUCCUUUACCACACCACACCACCACUUCAGUUUCAGGUUUCAUCCUCAUGAUACUGGGCACGUGUCUCCUCCCACAAUUCGAACGGGUUAAGG